AUUAUACUAACUUUUGACUAUCAUAUUUUAUCAUUUUCAAAUUAAAAAUGUCACAUUACUUUUUUGUAACGUUUUUUAAUAGUAUAUUUUAAUUAAUCUGUAUAAUAUUACUAAUGAAAUGGAAGAAGCAUUACAAUCUUUGUUAGGAGUAGGCGUUACAAAUCUAAAGAAAUCAUACGGAGGAGGAUGCAUCAAUAAAGGAUCAGUUUAUAAAACCAUGGAUGGGAAGAAAAUGUUUGUAAAAUUUAACUCUAAGGAAGGGGCAGAUUUAAUGUUCAAAGGUGAAUUUGAAGGGCUGAAAGCAAUUGGUGAUACGGAGACAGUCAGGGUUCCAGUUCCAAUUGUGACAGGUUCUACGAAAAAUAGUCAACAUUUCCUUGCUAUGGAAUUUUUGAAUGAUUUGUCGCAAGUUUUUAAUACAGACAGCGAGGCAUCAAGGACACUUGGUAGUAAUUUAGCGGAUUUGCAUUUGCACAACCUAAAAUCUGGAAAACCUAUUAACAAAUUUGGAUUUCACAUAAAUACGUCUUGUGGAUUUAUACUUCAAGACAACACAUGGACCGAUGAUUGGAUUACUUUUAUUACGGAACGACGUUUACAACAACAAAUUGAUUUGCUGUCGAAAACUAAAUCAGAAUGUCCGUUAAAAAAGAAAAUUGUUGAUGAUUAUUGGCCUCGAUUAAAACUCAAAAUACCCAAAUUAUUUGACGGAAUAAAAGUAAUGCCGUCACUACUUCAUGGGGAUUUAUGGUCAGGAAAUGCUGCAUUGGCUACUCCUAAACCAGCUAUUUUCGAUCCGGCAGCAUUUUAUGGACAUAGCGAAUAUGACUUAGCUAUUACUACCAUGUUUGGACCAUUUCCAAAAGGGUUUUACAAAGCUUAUUAUGAAAAAAUUCCAAAACCUGAAGGUUAUGAUGCUCGAGAAAAACUUUACCAACUAUUUCAUUACUUAAAUCAUUGUUUGUAUAGGAAUCAUUUUGGAAGUAGUUACAACACUGUAACAGAAAAUACUUUUGAGACUUUAUUGGAUGCCGUUGGAUAAAACUCAAUUUCUAAGAGAAUCUGUAAUGGAAACGAAAAAAGCAAAUAUGAACACCACAAAGAUGUAUAAUGUCUUAUUGGUUUUAGAUGUAUUCAGAGUUGGGAUUUUUUUAAUCAAAUAACAAAUAAUAACUAAUUAAUUUGAAUAAUCUCUUUAUUCGACCAAAUCUAAGAUUAUUUAUUUAAAUAAAAAAAAUUUGACGGUUAUUCAAAUAAAAAAAUUAUCUAAAAAAUUCCCCUACUAUGGAUGUGUUUAAAAAUUAUUAAUCUGUGUUGAAAAUGUUUUUCUUUUUAAAUGUAUAAUGGUGAACAGGUAUAAACGAAUAGGACUAUAAAAUCACCUCAGAAAAAAUUCAGCCAAAAAUAAAAUUUAAAAGUCUUACAAUAUGAAAGUAGCUAUUAAUAAUAAUAAUCGUAUGGUGAAUUUGACCAGGAGGGCUAUAUCUAACUUAUGCCAGUUCAAUCGCCUGAGGACACAUGGAAUUUCUGCCAUGCUUAUCGUAGGUUGAUGGUGUGUGUGGGUCGCCGCUCAAAAUCCGGGUGGUCACCCAUCCAGGUUCAAGCAGCAACGGCCACAGCUUAACCUCAAGUGCCAUGCGGCAGCUGAGGUGUCCACUGCGCCACACCGCCCUGAUAGUAGCUAUUGAUAAGAGUGAAUACCAAUUGAAUAAGAGUUAUAUUUCAAAUUAUGGGACAUCUAAACUGCGAGACUUUUAAAUAUAUAUAAUUUUUUUUUUAUUGAAAUUUGUCUGGAACAAUUUUCUACCCCCUAACCCAAGGUCCAUCUUAAAGAAAACUGUUUAAACACAAACCUAAUAAUUAUGAUUAUUCGUUAAAAAUAAAACUCUAUCAAAAAAAUUAAUUCAGAUUUUUAUAGUUAGAUAUUUUUUGUGUGAUACAAUCUUAUUUACAUGAUUAUAUUGUGAAGUCUAAAUUCAAAUGAUAAUAAUAUUUAAUUUUUGUAUUUUAAAUACUUAUUAAAUCAUGAAUUAUCGACAUUAACUUUCACAGUUUGUAGUGUGAAUUUAUUAUUCUUAAUUAAUAGUCUGUAUAAUAUUUUAUUAAAUAAU